AUGUCGCCUCCCCCUACGCCAAGCUUUGCGGCUACACGGGUGCCGCCGCGCCAAGACCCAUACAACUACCAGGUAAAUCACUAACGCCAUGAUCCGUCCCAUCGAAAACCUGUCCGUUCAACACACACCUCCGUCACCUCCGAAGCUUCAGCAAACAUGGUAACAACCCCCCUACACUGCCCGCUCCCCAUCCUAGUAUCGCAAUAGACUAACUAAUGCAUCCCAGGCCCGAAAUAGUGAAAAAGCCCAAUCAAUGCUGUUUCGCUUUCGCGAGCAGCAGGCGGCGGAUCUAGGAAUUAUCGAUGCUGGGCGAACACGGUGAGCCAUCCCCCCCCCCCCGCGUUGUUCAACCACAACAGCAUAGCUAAUGGAAAGAAUAAACCAGCCGCCCAAAAGUAAUAACAGAGGUAACCGCAAUACCAGCAUGCGAGAAAUGGCGUGGCCAAGUAGUCAAAGACAUUUCCCGCAAAGUCACAAAAAUCCAAGACCGUACCUUUCCCCCGCUCCCGCUCCACUGUUCGUUCUGACAAACCAAAAGCCAGCCUUUCAGACUACCAAAUCCGCGACCUAAAUGACGAGAUCAACAAACUGAUGCGAGAGAAGCACAUGUGGGAGGUGCAACUCCGCAACCUCGGCGGGCCAAACUAUAUGCGCUUCGGCCCGAAAACCUACGACGAGGACGGCCGGGAGGUGCCCGGCUCUCGCGGUUACAAGUACUUUGGUCGCGCGCGGGAACUGCCGGGGGUUAAAGAACUCUUUGACGAACUCAAACCUUCAAAGAAGGCUGCGGAUGGGAAGGACGAGGAACGCAGGCUGAGGGCGGAGAUGAGGAGGAAUGUGGACGCAGACUAUUACGGUUUCAAUAGGGAUGAGGAUGAUGGAGUCUUGCUGGCGUACGAGAGGGCGAAGGAGGUGGAGAGUUUUAGGAAUGUGGAGAAAACGGGGGGGGAGGGGGUACCCGAGGGUUGGGCGCCAAUACCUGACGGGUGGGUGGUGCCCGGACUGGACGAGGUUACGGAGUUUUUGGUGGAGAGGAGAAAGAGUCGGUUGUUGCAGAGGCUUGGGUAGGCGGCGUUGGACUUCUCCGGAGAUGUUUUUCUUCCUUUACUUUUUUCUUUUAUUUUUUUAUUUUUCUAAUAUAAAAAAGAGAACAAAAUGACUUGUAGUCCUUUUCUUCUCCUGUACGAUUGGGAUCACGGUAAUGAGCCCGGGUUAAUGCCUGUUGUGUUACGAUGUAUGAUACAAGUACGAGUAUGCCGAUCAUCAAUAAUUCAUGACCUACCGAUACUGUAUCGUAUCAUACCAAAACAAACAAACAAGAGUUAUCUAUCAUAC